AUGAGAAUAGACGAUAGCCAAUUGUCAAUUCCCAACGACGGAGGUCUAAGCAAGGCGGCGUGGCAGGAAAUUUUGAUCGAGCUUUAUCGGGCGAGGAGAUCUGGCAAAGGAGUCUUCUUUAGGCACAUGGCAGCAGAGGCCGUCGCAGUAGCCCUGACUGCCGUCGCAUUCCUUUUCCGAGCGCAUCUUGGAGGGCGUGAUAUUUUUGCCUCCAAGCAACCAAGUUCCGGAAAAAUUCUGGCCUUAGGCAUGAAACAUGGUCAUAGCUCCAAAUUAAAGUUUGCGAACCUCACUUCUCAACUUGCUUCGACCGACAAACCUAUUCCUUUCCCUCAACAUCGACUUUCUUUCAUCGGCGCAUCAACAAUCUCGGCCCUCGCAGAGGCAGAGAGCGGCUUCUUCAGGUCAAAAGCCAAUGGUGUCGGCGCGAUCGAGGUCUCCCGGCCAGAGGAAUCAGACAAGCAAUCGCGUAUUUCUGGCAUGACGACAUGGGCAGAAUGCGAGCAGUGCUCAUGUGCUCAGGGGGGGGGGGCUCACGUUGUGUAA